AUGGGGAGGAUACAGAGAGUGGUGGUCGGUCCAUAACAACCCCUGUCACGGAGGCUGAAAGCUACCGCAUAAAAACGUGUGCAUUUAUCGGAUAUGUGUUGUUGCUAAGGGCGUGGAUGUGUGUCUUUAAAAUUGAAUUGUCUCCUUGCAAUGGAAAGUGUAAUUUGAGAGAGACACCGCACAAAUACAGCCCGAACGAACGGUGAGAUGCUCUGAGCACGUCAUCCACACUGGGAGAAUACCGUGCCGCAGUGAGCAAACAAUCUGAUCGCUUCUAUUCCGCUCCCGGACAUCGCUGAACAGAACUUCUCCCCAGCGGAGGCGAAUAGUUAACAGAGUGAUGCGAUGGGGACGAUGCCGUCCCUGACUUCAUUCUGCUUUUAAACCAAGAAAAAACUGUAAUGAAUACUCAAUAACCAGCUACGGGAUCGGCUAGCCUAAGAUUAUAGCGGUCACAGCUGCGCACCUGACACUUACAUGGUUCUUUUGAGGGAUUAGAGAGAGACGGAACUAUCCUGGCACGACAACUGUCCGUGAGUGUUUAUUGUAGCAGUUCUACCUACCACGAGUUCUUCUUCUAAACUGUAACCAAUUUGAUCAGUUAAGAAAGCAAUGUUGCAAUAAACUGCAUAAAAUAGGAAUGAAUUACAUUGUAAUUUAUUAAUGCAACAUUUCAAUUGGCUGGCUGGAUGGAUUUGGGAUAAGCUGAGCCGCAUUAAAUCAAGCAGUGGCACCAUUGCACCUGUUAUAAGAGUUUGUCAUCAAUUGGUAUUUUAUAAAUAUGCCAGAUAUCUCAAGUGAGAUUAUUAUUUUAGGGAUAGUAUAGCUUCCUAACUGCGUCAGUGCAGGCGAACGUUGAAGGUAUGCACUCCCUCACCGCUGGGGAAGGACAAUAAUAGUAGUCGCCUCUGAAUGUCACCGGUAAGUGUCUAAACAUUUCCCGGGGAUGGAUUCCGGGGACGACUCCGGCUCGGACCCGCCACUUGGAUCCACAUUCUCCUCGGUGCCCAAUUUAGACUCUGACAUCAAUGACAAUAUGCCUAUCUAUGAGAACGGUGGACAUCGGAAUGUCAACAUAGAAACGGCAGUGCUGCGUGGGGCAAGCGACCAGAGCGCGUUUCCCUUAUCGGACUACCGGGGACUCGUCCGCCAGAGGUUCAUUCGCAGAAGUUUGUGGUUUUCGGACGCGGACGACCAAGCGUUGGACGCGCCAGAAUGCGGUAACAGCACUCCAGUGCUCAGCGUCCACCUGCGCACCAUCGUGGACCGAACCCUCGCGAUUGGACCACGCGUGGCUUUCCAGGUCCAGGAGAGCUCGAGCACCGAGAGCCAAGUGGGGCAGAAGGACAGCGCAACUGAAAGCGUGAGCGCGGAUGAGGAGAAGGAGAGGAGCGUGGCCGAGCCCAAACCAGAUGAUGCAGCUGAACCGUCGCCUGAUACCACUGGGAAAGCUGGGAGUGAUGAAAACGAGGAUGAGAACGAGAUGAAAGCCGUGUCCACCUCACCCGGGGGCCGGUUUCUCAAGUUCGAUACUGAGCUCGGGAGAGGGUCUUUCAAGACUGUUUACAAAGGUCUGGACACAGACACCUGGGUAGAAGUCGCUUGGUGUGAACUUCAGGACCGUAAACUGACUAAAGCGGAGCGUCAGAGGUUUAAAGAGGAGGCAGAGAUGUUGAAGGGUCUCCAGCACCCCAACAUUGUGCGUUUCUAUGACUUCUGGGAGUCACCAGUCAAAGGGAGGAAGUGCAUCGUUCUUGUGACAGAGCUCAUGACCUCAGGGACACUAAAAACGUAUCUCAAGCGUUUCAAGGUGAUGAAGCCCAAGGUUCUGAGGAGCUGGUGUCGACAGAUCCUGAAGGGCCUCCACUUCCUCCACACCAGGACCCCUCCCAUCAUCCACAGGGACCUGAAGUGUGACAACAUCUUCAUCACCGGCCCCACCGGUUCCGUCAAGAUAGGAGACCUGGGAUUAGCUACGCUGAAGAGGACCUCCUUCGCCAAGAGUGUCAUUGGCACCCCAGAGUUCAUGGCCCCUGAGAUGUAUGAGGAGCACUAUGAUGAGGCGGUGGACGUCUAUGCCUUCGGGAUGUGUAUGUUGGAGAUGGCCACCUCAGAAUACCCCUACUCCGAGUGCCAGAACGCUGCUCAGAUCUACCGCAAAGUCACCGGCGGGGUGAAGCCUGCCAGUUAUGAUAAGAUCAGUGACCCAGAGAUUAAGGAGAUCAUCGGGGAGUGUAUCUGCCAUCGGAGGGAAGAGAGGUACACCAUAAAGGACCUCUUGAACCAUGCCUUCUUUGCGGAGGACACAGGCGUAAGGGUGGAGCUGGCCGAGGAGGAUGAUGGGAAAAAGAAUUCCAUUGCCCUCAAGGUGUGGGUGGAGGACCCUAAGAAGCUGAAGGGGAAGUACAAGGACAGUGGGGCCAUCGAGUUCACCUUUGACCUGGAGAAAGAGACCCCAGAGGGUGUGGCCCAGGAGAUGGUGGAGUCGGGCUUCUUCCUGGACAGCGAUGUGAAGAUAGUAGGAAAGUCCAUCAAGGACCGAGUGGCUCUCAUCAAAUGGAGGAGGGAUCGGACCGUCCCUGCAGUCGACACCCAGACCCAGAACCUGCUACAGUUGCCCAGCAUUGGGUUAACACCACAGGGGGCGCCACUGGCCCCAGCAGAGUCUGAGGAGGAAGAGGGUGACCAGCCCCUUACCCUGCUCUGCAGCCUGCCGGCCCCAUACAGUCAGCACAGUGCCCCCUACCAGUCCCUCCCAGAGCCCAUAUCUACACCCCAGGUCUACAGCCCACCUGUGCAGUCCCAGGCCCAGCUGCACCAGGCGGCCUACCAGCAGCCCACUGCACAGCCUCCGCAGGUGGCCUACUCCCAUGCUAGUACCACACAGUUUCAUCAGGGGGCCUACCAGUCUCCACCUCCCAGUACAGGAUUGACCCAGCCCCAGGCUCAGCAUACCUCUGCUACAGCCACACCAGGGCCUACAGUACAUAAGAGCAGAACAGCUGCAACACAGAGCUUCCCAGCUGCUGCCCAUGUCCCCACUGGACAGGCACAGGCACAGCUUACUGCUCCUGUCCAGCCCAACCAGGAGUUGUCUACCAGUCAGCCUCUACCUGAGCAGUGCUCUGACAUCACCACCAGUCUUGUCCAAUCAGCUGCCUUCCUGGCCAGCAGUGCUCCUCCCCCUCUACAGCAGCCUGUCCAGGCCACACCCCCUAUUGAGCCACGACAGAUCAAGACAGAGGACCCCCAGGGAGAGGCUCCGGUGUCACCACUGGCCCCGCUCCACCCCGUCCAGCCUGCCGUCCUGUCCCCUCCCCGGAGGGGGCGUAUGGUUGACCCCGACCCUGCUGCUGCAGCCGGGUCUGAUCAGACACUCCCUGAGAGUCCAGCCCCGGCCCCACCCCUGGCUCCGGCAUUGGCUCUGGCUGCAGCCUUGCAGCAGGCUGGCACCCAGAAAAGUACCAGCCUGCCCACGACUCAGCAGAACCUGGAAACUGAGUCCAUAUCUACCGUUUCCCAACCUGAAGACAGUCAAGAGGAGCCAAUGCAAGAGAAACCCAUGGCGUUUCACAGUUAUGCAGGCUAUGACAGCUUCAACUCAGAUGUGGCGUCGGGUAAGGAGAUGAGUGAUGGUUACGAUGGCUCGGCCAGCAGCGGGAAGGGAGACGGGAAGUCCCGGAAACACCACCGCAAGUCGACCCGCACACGCUCACGCCAAGAGAAGACCAACAAGCCCAAACUGAGCAUGCUCAAUGUGAGCAACACGGGCGAUAAGAUGGUGGAGUGCCAGCUGGAGACCCACAACCACAAAAUGGUAACCUUCAAGUUUGACCUGGACGGAGAUGCUCCAGAAGAAAUCGCUAUUUACAUGGCAGAGAAUUUCUUCAUCCUACCCAUAGAGAAGGCGAUGUUCAUUGACCAGUUGAAGGACAUCGUGGACAAGGCUGAGGACAUGCUGAGCGAGGACAUGGAGGGAGAGACGGACUCCGCUUUGGGGGGCAGUCCCCAACUGGGACACACCUCUUGGGGGCCGGGGGGAGAGAGUCAGCAGCCUGGAGCACCCCAGCCUGUUUAUCAGCAGAAUGUGCUCCACACAGGGAAGCGAUGGUUCAUCAUCUGCCCAGUGGAGGAGACUCCCACCUCCAACCAGGAUGGGACUGCAAACAUGUCUGCCGAUGGGACUACAACUACUCAACAUGAUGGGACUACAACUACUACUCAACAUGAUGGGACUACAACUACUCAACAUGAUGGGACUACAACUACUCAACAUGAUGGGACUACAACUACUCAACAUGAUGGGACUACAACUACUCAACAUGAUGGGACUACAACUACUCAACAUGAUGGGACUACAACUACUCAACAUGAUGGGACUACAACUACUCAACACGAUGGGACUACAACUACUCAACAUGAUGGGACUACAACUACUCAACAUGAUGGGACUACAACUACUCAACAUGAUGGGACUGCUCAGCCUGAUGGAAGUGCUGUGCCAGUAUCAGCGUCCUCCUCCAUAGCUAACUCUGUGUCUGGGGGGAGUGGAGGCUUCAACUACGAGGGCUAUGGCCUCUGUAGCCCUCCCAUCCUGUCCUCCACAGACCCUCUCCUCCUGGCUAUGUCCCAUGUCUCAGCUCCCUCUGGCCCCCCAUCUGUCCAACCAGGCCAUCCUCCAGAGGGCCAGGCCCACAGCUCUAUCCUGCCCAGGCUGCAUCACACCCAGUCAGCCUUGGCUCUGCCAGUGGCCCCCUCUGGAGGUCUCCGUAACUCCCUGCCUGGAGAGGAGCACCAGGGGGGAGGGCGUCUUCGUGCCAUCUCCCCCAUCCAUGCAGUUCAGAAGAUGGCAGAGAUGGCAUGUGCUGCCUCCAUGGUGGAGGAGGUGCCCUGCUGCCCACUGGCCAUGCCAAUGUUCCUGGAUGUGAGUGGUGGAGCCCAGGGGAAAUCAGCUCCUCUCACCCUUCUGCCCUCCCAGGACCCCUCUACCUCCUCAGCCAGAGAGUCCCUCCAACUCUCCUACCCCUCCGUUGCCCGCCCUGACCGCUCCCAGCCGCCUGUGGUGCUCCAGCAGCCCUUCUCCAUGGGUGGAGCAAAGGCCCCCUCGCUGCCCCAGAGCCCUGCCCCCCACCAGCACACGGCAGGGGGGCCCAGUGAGUCAGAUGGGGAGGGGAGAGGGGUGGGGGGCCGAGGGGGCUUUGUGGACAGCACCAUCAAGACUCUGGAUGAGAAGCUGAGGACCCUGCUGUACCAGGAGUACGCCCCCAUGUAUCCAUCAGGCAGUGCUGCGGAGACACCAGGCUCGGGGACGGAGUACGUCCAAUCCCCUCCUGGCCCAGACAGCUCCACCUUGGGUUCAGGAAGCAGCACUCCCCGACCUAUGGGGGAGGGGCGCUACCGGACAGGGGAACAACUGCCUCAGAUUCCAGAGAGGAUGGACAGUUUGAGCACGUUGAGUGAUUCUGCGGUGUGUGCUCCCAUGUCUAGGAGACAAAACGUACCACACUCUACCUCCUGCUCUGGCUCUGGAUCCAGAGGCCAGUUUAAGAUGAUCACAGGCCUUCCUGAUGUGGUGACACAAGGAGAGCGGAAGCAGAGGAGUUGGAGCAGCGCUGCCUCCCCGGCGCACCCUGCUGGCCAUCUCUCAGACUACCGCAGCAGUGCCCAGGCCGCCUCCACCAUUAUCGGACGUUUCUCAGUGGUCAGCACCGAGGACGACGUCACCCUGAGGAGCUAUGACAGCCGCUACUCCGCCCCGCCAGACUUCUACCUUGAUACACCCCCCGCCAUGACACACGCCUCCACAUCCACCUCCGUGUCUGUUGAUGUUACAGUCCACGCUCACGCGCGCUUCCUGUCCUCGGACUCGGGGGCGGAGAGUAGUCCAGCCAAGCUGGGCCCGGCCACGCACUCACGCCACGGUCGCUCAGGGGAGCGUAGAGGAAGUGACCUCAUGAAGAGAGCGGUGGCUUUCCUGCGCCGUUCAGGCCGUAGUAGUAGUGUGCAGAGCUCUGAUUCGCUGAGCCGGCAGGGGGGCGUGCAUGGCUCGGCCUAUGUGAGCAGUGAUAAUGACUCUGAGUUAGAGGACUCGGAUAUGAAGAGAGAGCUGACCAGACUCAGGGAGAAACAUUUAAAGGAGCUCUCGGAGCUGCAGGCACACCACAGAGGGGAGAUAGAGCUGCUGUACUGCAGGCUGGGUAAAGCCACCUCACCCCCCCUGGGUCUCUCUCACUCAGUUCCCCCCAAGCGGAGGAGCAAGCACAAGCACAAACUGAAGUCUGAAAAACUCCUCAGUCCUCUGGUACAACAGCUUAGGCAUGUCACCACCAAAACCAGCGACUCUGGCAAAACCAGUGAGACUACAGUCAGUCUGAACGGGUCUCCAGCCAAAGCUCCAGUACAGUCAGACAGAAGAGCCCGUUCAGGUACCAGUCACUUGGAUACCUCCACCUCUGAACCUGUCCAGACCAAGCAGCCCUGCUCCCUCAAGGGUUCCCUCUCUUCAGACAACAUCUACGCUGGAGCUGGACUACACGGAGAGAGGACAGGACCACAAGCUUCACCAGGCCAAGGGUCAACUCUGAAACGACUCUGCCUUGGAAAAGAGCGUGGAAGGGGGACUGGAGCAGGCCCAGGUGCAUCCACCCAGCCACCCCAACAACAGACAGCCAGCUCUACUUCUCCCCACCAGACAGUAGCAGGGCUGGCCCAAGCCCAGGCCAACAACAGCAACAACAAGACAGGCACCUACACCGGCACCUACAUGGGCUCCUACACAGAGUCCUUCACAGACUCCCUUCACAGGAUAGUGGAUGAUUGGACCAUGGAGGCCCUGGGUGUCGCCCGGCGCCCGCGGACCAGCUCCCUCAGCCUCAGAGGGCAACCACUUUGGAACGAGGACCCCGGGGGGCCCAGAACAAGAGACAGACUGUUCAGCGCUCCAGAUGCACCUGCCAGGACAGCCCCUGGCUCUGAAGGCCCCCAGCUCCCCCUGUCAUGGCCGAUGAUUGACAAUCAGGCCCUGUGCUCAGUGAUGAAGACCAGCUCCCCGAGACAGGCAGAGUUGCAUCCUGGCUACAUGCUGGCCCAUUCAGGCCCAGACCUGUUUGGGGGGCUGCUGCUCUCGCCUCUCUCGCCCCUCUCGCCCCUCUGUGUAAGCCUUUGGCCUGAGCUGCUGUCCCCCUUGGGUUCAGGGGUGUUUGCUUUACCUACCGUGCCCCCAACCUGUGGCACCACCACCCCUGGUUCACCCUACGAACCACCCGACCCCAAACCCAGGAACCUCUAACCCCUGCAGCACCAUGUCUUCCAACUAUGUUUCCAAAAUGAGUUAUAUGUAGUUAGAGUUCUAGUCUUCCCUUACCACAAUGUAAACUAUUUCUAUUUAACCAGCAUAUAUGUAUAUAAUAAGUAUUUGAAUACACACUGAGUGUACAAAACAGUAAGAACACCUUCCUACUAUUGAAUUGCCCCCCACCUUUUGCCCUUAGAACAGCCUCAAAUCGUUGGGGCAUGGACUCUACAAAGUGUCAAAAGUGUUCCACAGGGAUGCUGACCCAUGUUGACAGGGAUGCUGGCCCAUGUUAACACAGUUGUGUCAAGUUGGCUGGAUGUCCUUUGGGUGGUGGACCAUUCUUGAUAAACACGGAAAACUGUUGAGCGUGAAAAACCCAGUAGCGUUGCAGUACUUGACAUAGACCGGUGCACCUGGCACAUACUACCAUAUCCCAUUCAAAGGCACUUCAAUAUUUUGUCUUGCCCAUUCACCCUCUGAAUGGCACACAUACACAAUUCAUGUCUCAAUUGUGUCAAGGCUUAACAAUAUUUUUUGACCUCUUCCUCUUCAUAUACACUGAUUGAAGUGGAUUUAACAAGUGACAUCAAUAAGGGAUCAUAACUUUCACCUGGAUUCCCCUCAAUCUAUCUAUGUCAUGGAAAGAACAUGGAACGUUCUUAAUGUAUUCAGCGUAUGCUGUUAUCAAUGUGUGUGACAUUAUCAACCUCAAUUGACAUACCUCAUAUUUAUGUACAUAAGGGACAUAUGUCUAUCUUAUCACCUGUGUGAAUGUGCUGUAGUGUAUAUAAAUAAGGUGUUUGUGCAUAAUCCAUUAAUUUGUUUGUGUAUAAAGCUUUUGUGUAUUUACAUGAUCUAUUUGUAUAUUAUUAAUUCAUACUGUAUGUCUUUGUACAUAAAUUGUUCACGUUUGUGUGUAAAUCACCCAUAUGUGUGUACAGUAUGUGUAUGUAUAUACAGUAACCCCUGUGUGUUUUUGUGUGAGCGUGUGUACAUUAGGUGCUGCAGGGCUCUGUUCUAACUCAGCAGAGAGCCAUUCACCAUCUUUCCAUCACUGUGAAGCCUUGUCACCCUGGUUACCAGCCUGGCCACCCUGUUAACCAGCCGUGUCAUCCUGGUUACCAGCCUUGUCACUCUGGUUGCCAGCUGUGUCACCCUGGUUACCAGCCUGGUCACCCUGGUUACCAGCCUUGUCACUCUGGUUACCAGCUGUGUCACCCUGGUUACCAGCCUUGUCACCCUGUUAACCAGCCGUGUCAUCCUGGUUACCAGCCUGGUCACUCUGGUUACCAGCUGUGUCACCCUGGUUACCAGCCUGAGCCCCUGGUUAAAAGCCUUGUACCCCUGGUUACAAGCCUGGAUUAUCUGGUUACCAUGACCCUCUGCUUUAUUACUCUGCUAUUUAUGUUGUAAUAUAUUUCAACUUCCUCAAACUUCAUUGAAAUGUGUACAACACAGGUGCUUGAAAUAGUCUGAAGAAAUGUGGAAGAACUUGAACUUAAAGUGCCUUGAACAUUAGUUUCAAUUAAUUCUGGAGACGAGCAUGAGGUCAUUUGAGAUAAGAUAGGAUAAUGUGGUCAUGUUAUGUGUAUGGUUUAGAGGUACUAGAUAUAUUUUUGUGGUUCACUUAUGAAUGUUGUAUUUAGGGAAAGAAACUGGUUGGUUUGAUUUAGAUUGCCAAUUCAGAAUGUUGGGAGCACGACCAUGUUAUUGGUUGAUUUGUGAAUAUUUUAAUAACAGAUGGUAAAGUAUCUCCUUUAGCACUGUAAGAUUCACACAGGGCACUGAAGCUAUGUUGGUCCCUUUGUCCAGAAGCUAUGUUGGUCCCUUUGUCCAGAAGCUAUGUUGGUCCCUUUGUCCAGAAGCUAUGUUGGUCCCUUUGUCCAGAAGCUAUGUUGGUCCCUUUGUCCAGAAGCUAUGUUGGUCCCUUUGUCCAGAAGCUAUGUUGGUCCCUUUGUCCAGAAGCUAUGUUGGUCCCUUUGUCCAGAAGCUAUGUUGGUCCCUUUGUCCAGAAGCUAUGUUGGUCCCUUUGUCCUGAAGCUAUGUUGGUCCCUUUGUCCAGAAGCUAUGUUGGUCCCUUUGUCCUGAAGCUAUGUUGGUCCCUUUGUCCUGAAGCUAUGUUGGUCCCUUUGUCCUGAAGCUAUGUUGGUCCCUUUGUCCAGAAGCUAUGUUGGUCCCUUUGUCCAGAAGCUAUGUUGGUCCCUUUGUCCUGAAGCUAUGUUGGUCCCUUUGUCCAGAAGCUAUGUUGGUCCCUUUGUCCAGAAGCUAUGUUGGUCCCUUUGUCCAGAAGCUAUGUUGGUCCCUUUGUCCUGAAGCUAUGUUGGUCCCUUUGUCCUGAAGCUAUGUUGGUCCCUUUGUCCAGAAGCUAUGUUGGUCCCUUUGUCCAGAAGCUAUGUUGGUCCCUUUGUCCAGAAGCUAUGUUGGUCCCUUUGUCCAGAAGCUAUGUUGGUCCCUUAGUCCAGAAGCUAUGUUGGUCCCUUUGUCCAGAAGCUAUGUUGGUCCCUUUGUCCAGAAGCUAUGUUGGUCCCUUUGUCCAGAAGCUAUGUUGGUCCCUUUGUCCAGAAGCUAUGUUGGUCCCUUUGUCCUGAAGCUAUGUUGGUCCCUUUGUCCAGAAGCUAUGUUGGUCCCUUUGUCCUGAAGCUAUGUUGGUCCCUUUGUCCAGAAGCUAUGUUGGUCCCUUUGUCCAGAAGCUAUGUUGGUCCCUUUGUCCUGAAGCUAUGUUGGUCCCUUUGUCCAGAAGCUAUGUUGGUCCCUUUGUCCAGAAGCUAUGUUGGUCCCUUUGUCCAGAAGCUAUGUUGGUCCCUUUGUCCUGAAGCUAUGUUGGUCCCUUUGUCCUGAAGCUAUGUUGGUCCCUUUGUCCAGAAGCUAUGUUGGUCCCUUUGUCCAGAAGCUAUGUUGGUCCCUUUGUCCAGAAGCUAUGUUGGUCCCUUUGUCCAGAAGCUAUGUUGGUCCCUUAGUCCAGAAGCUAUGUUGGUCCCUUUGUCCAGAAGCUAUGUUGGUCCCUUUGUCCAGAAGCUAUGUUGGUCCCUUUGUCCAGAAGCUAUGUUGGUCCCUUUGUCCAGAAGCUAUGUUGGUCCCUUUGUCCAGAAGCUAUGUUGGUCCCUUUGUCCAGAAGCUAUGUUGGUCCCUUUGUCCUGAAGCUAUGUUGGUCCCUUUGUCCAGAAGCUAUGUUGGUCCCUUUGUCCAGAAGCUAUGUUGGUCCCUUUGUCCAGAAGCUAUGUUGGUCCCUUUGUCCAGAAGCUAUGUUGGUCCCUUUGUCCUGAAGCUAUGUUGGUCCCUUUGUCCAGAAGCUUGUACAAAGCAAUAGCUACACCAUUUUUUUGUCAACACUUACCACAACCUGCAUGAACAUACACACUGAAGCUUGCACAGCAUAAAAGGUGGAGAGUCAGACCGUAGCAUUCUCUGGGUGAUAACUAGUGUUACUUGGCUGUCAUUAACUGAGUAAUAAUUUAAUUGUUAGUCCACGCCUGUUGUUUACAAAGCAUGUGACAAAUACAAUUUGAUUUGAUUUGAUUAACACCGUGCAAUAAACAGUGGAUGUUUCAUACUGUACUGAAGCAGGCUAUAGGUGAUUUCUCCUACAGUAUGCCUCACUGUAGGUUUGAGUCAUUUACCUUAAAGAGCUCCGUAUGGUUUUGGUGGGUUAAUGCAUUAGAUGUACACAGUAACGUAUGACAUAUAUGGAUGUUAGAGGCAGGUAUGAUAUGUGAUUUAUUGCAGGACCUAAGCAAGUAGACUACUAUAAAGACAAUGCAAUACCUAUUGGGAUACACAUGUCAUACUGUAUCUUUUGGGUUUGUGUAUGGUUAUAAAAAAUAAUAAUCUUAAAUUAUUAGUGAGUUAUUAGUUUCUUCAUUGUUGUAAAAUCAGUGAUAAUCUGUAUCAUAAGGAUCGUAAGGACACAAUAACUCCUGUAGUGCUCUGAGUUGAUGACAGAGAAGUCAUCUUUUCAAUGCACAGUUUUUCUACUGUUCUUCUGUAGUCCUGAGAUUCAUAACAAGACCAGCCUAGUGUGUAGAAGUCAAUGCUUCUUUCAGUUUGGUUUUGUGUUGUAUGACACAAUAAUUAAAAUCCAAUACAACAUA